AUGACUAUCUCGAUGAACAACAGCCUCGAAGUCAUCCCAACCCCUUCGCGACUGUUGGGCCUCGAGUGCUUCAAAGCCCGCAACCUGUGGACACCCCCGGGUAACCGGGGCGUCUUUGGAGGACAGGUGAUCGCGCAAGCACUUAUGGCGGCGAUCAAGACUGUCGACAGUCUGGACCUGCACUCUACGCACGCAUACUUCCUGCUGCCGUGUGACUCGCGCCAGUCUGUCACGUAUGCGGUCGAGCGGUUGCGCGAGGGCAAAAGCUACUCCACCCGAAUCGUCCAUGCGAUCCAGAACUCUGAGACAAUCUUUACCUUGACAGCGUCCUUCUCGCGCCCUCCUGACCCGGCAGGAGGACGGCGCUGGCAGCGUAGUUUCCCGGAGAACAUUCGGAGCUACGAAGAAUCGUACAAGGACCGUUGGGCGGAUCACAUUAUCACCAUGGGAGACUUCGGCAUCAAAUUGGCCGACACCGAGGAGAACAAAGCAGCGUUCCUCGCAAGCAACGAACGUGUCAUGACGGCCGUGAGCGGACGGCCACAGGAGGGCCAGUACUUCUCGCAACGUGCGCUGUGGCUCUGUCCUCAGCUCGACGGGAGGCGCAUGGACGACAACGAGAUUCGGGCCAUGAUCGGCUACAUGACCGACUCACAGGCAAUCGCGACUUCCGUUCGCGCCAUUGGGCUGAGCGCCACCUCUGACCCCCCUCUUGGUAUGGCUGCCACCAUCGACCACACGAUUCACUUCUACCCGCUUCCGCCCGGUUACGACGGCUCCCAACCCAUCCUCCACAUAAUGGAGACGCAGGUGGUCGACCUCGCGAUAGGCCGCGGGCAGAUGGUGGGCCGCGUGUACACUCAGGACGGAGUACUCAUCGCCACCACCAGUCAGGAGGGUGUCGUUAGGGCUCAGAAAGACGGCGUCAGGGCUAGGAAGGAGAGUGCAAGGCUCUAA